GCGCAGCCGGCCCCGUUGCCCGGGGAACGGGCUCCCGGCAGCCCCCGCGGCCCGGAGUCCGUCCCCGCCUCCUCCGGCCGGGCCGGGCCAGCGAGUCCUGAGGGGCCGCCGCGGGAGCCCCCAGGUUUCCCCAAAUGCCAAGUAAACAUUCCUUUUCCUGCCUGAAGAUCAUCUGUGACAACCUUGGCCAUGGCAUCAGUAUCAGAGCCCAUUACAUUCAGAGAGUUCUGCCCCUUGUACUAUCUCCUCAAUGCCAUUCCCACAAAGGUCCAGAAGGGCUUCCGCUCUAUUGUGGUCUACCUCACAGCUCUCGAUACCAAUGGGGACUACAUCGCUGUGGGCAGCAGCAUCGGCAUGCUCUACCUGUACUGCAGACACUUCAACCAGAUGAGAAAGUACAACUUUGAGGGGAAAACGGAACCCAUCACGGUGGUGAAGCUGUUGAGCUGCUUCGAUGACCUCGUGGCUGCAGGCACCGCCUCUGGGAGGGUUGCUGUCUUUCAGCUUGUGUCCUCGCUGCCAGGGAGAAACAAACAACUUCGGAGAUUUGAUGUCACCGGUAUUCACAGAAAUAGCAUCACCGCGCUGGCUUGGAGCCCCAAUGGAAUGAAAUUGUUCUCUGGUGAUGACAAAGGGAAAAUUGUCUAUUCUUCUCUGGAUCUAGACCAGGGCGUGUGUAACUCGCAUCUGGUGUUGGAGGAGCCGUCUUCCAUCGUGCAGCUGGAUUAUAGCCAGAAAGUGCUGCUCGUGUCUACACUACAAAGAAGCCUGCUUUUUCACAUGGAAGAAAAGUCUGUCAAGCAGAUUGGAACACAACCAAGGAAAAGCACUGGGAAAUUUGGAGCUUGUUUUAUACCAGGACUUUGUAAGCAGAGUGAUCUGACCUUGUACGCGUCACGGCCUGGGCUCCGACUGUGGAAGGCGGACAUCCAUGGGACUGUUCAAGCCACGUUUAUCUUAAAAGAUGUCUUUGCUGGAGGAGUCAAGCCUUUUGAACUGUACCCACGUCUGGAAUCCUCCAACAGGGGAAGUUGCAGCUUACCUGAGAAACACCUGGGGCUUGUUUCAUGUUUCUUUCAAGAAGGCUGGGUGUUGAGUUGGAAUGAAUAUAGUAUUUACCUUCUAGACACAAUCAACCAGGCCACAAUUGCUGGUUUGGAAGGAUCAGGUGACAUCGUGUCUGUUUCCUGCACAGAAAAUGAAAUAUUUUUCUUAAAGGGAGAUAGGAACAUUAUAAGAAUUUCAAGCCGACCUGAAGGAUUAGCAUCAAUAGCGCGAGAUGGUCUGGAGACACCGGGAUGCGCAGAGCAGGCCCCUGGGCAACGUGGGGAGAAGCCGUUGGGGGCCCCGGUUUCGGAGACAAGGCUCAGGGGCUCUUCCGUGGCCAGCUCUGUGGCCAGUGAGCCCAGGAGCAGGAGCAGCUCGCUCAACUCCACCGACAGUGGCUCUGGGCUCCAGGCAGCUCCAGAGCUGGGGAGGGGAGGCCAGUCGGCCUCGCAGAGAUUCAGCGUGAUCAGCUCCGAAGACUUCGACCAGGAGCUUGUCGUGAAGCCUCUGAAAGUGAAAAAGAAGAGGAAGAAGCGAUCAGAAGGUGCAAGCAGGAACACCUGCCACAGUUCCCUUGAAUCAACUCCCUGCUAUGAGUUUCCGGGUGACAGUCCCCAGUCCUUGAACACGGACCUGCUGUCUAUGACCUCAAGUUUGGGCAGCAUCGUGGAUCGGUUGAGCACAGAGUCUCCUGACCAGGAGAGUAACCUCAGCGGUGAGGUGAAUGGUGUCCUGCAGGAAAAUAUUGACCCCGAAGCGUUCAGUGUCCUGGAGGUGCCUGAGCCCGCCACUGCCAUCCUGCAUGAAGGGAAUGGCGACAGACCUGGACUCCCACGAUGUGACUGUGCAGAAGACACAGGGCCGCACAGUGGAGCGUGGACUUCACUCCUGGAGCUGAGGGAAGCUGUGGAAGGUAGUGAUGUUACAGAACUCAGAGAGGAACCUUGUCCCACAGAUGAUGGACUGAAUAGCAGACAGUCGCCCUGUGGAGAAAAGGACAGCUCUGCAGAGGCCCGGGAAGCAGGGGAUGUGGAGCUUGAUGACCCCCAAAGCACUUUUUCUGAAGCCCCUUUCCUGGACUCCCCCCCGGUGCCUUCCAGCCUCAGCUGGGCCCCCUGUGCCGAGCCGCAGCUGCCAGGGACCGGAGCUGACGAAGGCUGUGCCGAGGAGCCCAGCAAGGAGCAGGGCUUCCUCACACGCAUGGGGGGCCCCAGCCACCUCGGCUCACAUCCCUGGCACACUGUCACCGACAGUGACACGGGCCUGAAGGAAAUGGUUGCCUCGGGAUGUGACUUGGGGAGUGUGAGAGGGCGGCUGACACCCCCAGUCUCUGCCUUGGCGGCUCACACCCAUGAGCCUUGGCUCGAGCAGCCUUCACGGGACCCAGUGUUGACAUCCAGUGACGAGGAGGACAUCUAUGCCCAGGGGUUGCCUUCCUCUUCCUCGGAGACGAGUGUGACAGAGCUCGGUGGUAGUCGCUCCCUGCAGGACUUGAGCCAGCCUGGCGCGGAGGACACCGGGCUCCUAAAGUCAGAUCAGUUUGCAGAAAGCUGGAUGGGAUACUCCGGUCCCGGCUACGGCAUACUCAGCUUGGCGGUCUCCGAGAAGUACAUUUGGUGCCUGGACUACAAAGGCGGCCUGUUCUGCAGCGCACUGCCGGGCGGGGGGCUCCGCUGGCAGAAGUUUGAGGACGCCGUCCAGCAGGUGGCGGUCUCCCCCUCAGGAGCCCUUCUCUGGAAGAUUGAGCAGAAAUCAAACCGAGCUUUUGCUUGUGGAAAAGUGACCAUCAAGGGGAAGCGGCACUGGUACGAAGCCCUGCCCCAGGCAGUGUUUGUGGCCCUGAGCGAUGACACGGCCUGGAUCAUCAGGACCAAUGGAGAUCUUUACCUGCAGACAGGUCUCAGUGUGGAUCGCCCUUGUGCCAGAGCCGUAAAGGUCGACUGUCCAUACCCACUGUCCCAGGUCACAGCCCGAAACAGCGUGGUGUGGGCGCUGACAGAGCAGAGAGCCCUCCUGUACAGGGAGGGCGUAAGCAGCUUCUGCCCCGAGGGGGAGCAGUGGAAAUGUGACAUCGUCAGUGAAAGGCAGGCUUUGGAACCCGUCUGUAUAACUCUCGGGGACCAGCAGACUCUGUGGGCCCUGGACAUCCAAGGGAACCUGUGGUUCCGAACUGGUAUCGUUUCCAAGAAGCCCCAGGGAGAUGACGACCACUGGUGGCAAGUGAGCAUCACCGACUACGUGGUGUUCGACCAGUGCAGCUUAUUCCAGACCAUAAUCCAUGCCACGCACUCCGUGGCCACGGCAGCCCAAGUGCCCGUGGAGAAGGUGGCGGAUAAGCUGCGCAUGGCGUUUUGGUCUCAGCAGCUGCAGUGCCAGCCAAGCCUCCUCGGGGUCCACAACAGCGGCGUCUGGAUCUCCUCGGGCAAGAACGAGUUCCAUGUCGCUAAAGGAAAUCUCAUCGGCACUUACUGGAAUCAUGUUGUUCCCCGUGGGACAGCUUCUGCAACGAAGUGGGCCUUUGUGCUGGCUUCUGCUGCUCCCUCAAAGGAAGGAAGCUCCUUGUGGCUGUGCCAGAGCAGCAAGGAUCUGUGCAGCGUCAGCGCCCAGGAUGCGCAGUCCCGCCCCUCCACGGUGCAGCUGCCUCCCGACGCCGAGAUGAGGGCGUACGCCGCCUGCCAGGACGCUCUGUGGGCCCUGGACAGCCUCGGGCAGGUGUUCAUCAGGACACUGUCCAAGAGCUGCCCCACGGGUAUGCACUGGACGCGGCUGGACCUCUCCCAGCUAGGAGCUGUAAAACUGACGAGCUUGGCGUGUGGCAAUCAGCACAUCUGGGCGUGUGACUCUAGGGGUGGCGUGUACUUCCGAGUGGGGACCCAGCCUCUCAACCCCAGUCUGAUGCUUCCGGCCUGGAUAAUGAUUGAGCCGCCAGUCCAGAUGCUUCCAAUACUCUGCCUGAGAAUGACGGCAUCACACAUGCCAGGGACUGGCCCUCCAGAGAGCACCUGAUGCGGGGCCCAGGUCUGUCUUCCAGAAAGCCCUGAGUGACUGGGGAGGGCCCCUGUUGGAAUCACAGCUGUGGCGGCCUGGGGAAGGGCUUUGGAUAUGGUGAACUGAGCCAAAAGCAGAACACAAAAUGACAUAAGCCAGAUUUUUUUUUUAAAUAAAGAGCUUGCCAUAGGAAAAAAGCUAAAAAUAAAUCAAAGUAUUAACAGUCAAUGUCCCCAAAAUCACUUUUUACAAUUCCUUCUGAUUUCGUUGUUGAUGUUUCUCUAACGAGCCUGUGGGAGUAUAAGGCCCAGGGGCUGUGAUUUUGUGGUGUUCACUAGCAGGCGGCUGGGACCCUGAGUCAUGCCUACUCUUUCCAGAAGCCUCUGGUAUGCUCGGUUUGACCUGCUCAGGCUCACUUAGCCCCAGACUAUGGUGUCCCUCUCUCGCAGCCACGCAGCCAGUAGACCUGAGGGCCCCGUGCUCAGCCAGGAGCUCUCGGGUGCCCUCCAGGAGGUCCAGGGAGAGAGACAGCCUUAGGGGUGGGUGACUAGGUGAGGGCGAUUGAGAGGCACAGACUUCCAUUUGUGAAAUAAGGAAGUCCCGGAUGUGGGAAGUACAGCACGGCGGAUGGGGUCAGCGGCACCGUCAGGACGCUGCUUGAUGACAGGUGGCGACCCACUUCCUGCGGGAGCCCUGGGGGAACGUGCAGAGUGGUUGAGCCGCUGUGUCGUGCGCCUGAAACGGAUACAGCACCGUAUGGUGACUCUCCUGCAGUUUAAAAAGUUGAAACAGUAGUCUACGGACAAAAGAACAAAUCCAAAGUGACCAUUACCAAAGAAAAUCUAAGUUCACCAAAUAAAUCCUGCAAAGGUCCAGGGAGGCGGCUGCUGAACUCGGGGACAAGCCCUUGCUGUGAGUGAGCGCGUGGCGGGGCCUACUGUGGCUCAUGGUGCGCGGGCUCCCGCCGGGAGUCACCCUGACACCUCUUAGCACCUUCUGCUCCAGGGAAGCAGGAAGUCCGUUGCUUUUAGCUGUGGCGGUUUUCCCGGUUCCUGGCCCUAGGACGUGUCCAGCCCCACCGGUCUGGCCGGCCCUCAGGUGCUCACUCGCGACUCUGCGGGGUGCCCGAGCCCCGCGGCUGACGGGCCGUGUCCGCUGCCACCUCCCGGCUGCCGGCGUUGUGGCCAUUCGUUUCCUCCUUCUGGGAAGGGCAUGAGUGUAUCUCGCUGGAGGCCUCUCUCUGUCUUCGCACUCUGACUCAGCAGCCACUCUGCUCACGUGUCUGUUUAUCAACCCGCCUGUGCAGGGGAAGGAUCCAGAUAAGCAGCAGCCCUGCCCGGAGUGACGUGGCUGGCACCUUGCAUGCCUGCCCAGAGAUGGUCCACUGCCACCCCUGGGCUGGGCCAUCUCUUGUCUCGCCAGGAUUCCGAGCGGGCCUCUCCGAGGUGUGUCCUCCCAACGUCCAGGAUUAUAUCGCGUUACCCCUGUUUUCACAACCGUCUAGUGGCGUCUCACCUCACUCAGCACGAAAUCCACUUCCUCCCUCCGCCAGUGGCCCGCCCUCAUGCCCUCUGACCUCUCUCCACUCUGUCUCUGGUCACUGGGCUCUAACCACCCUGUGUCCUUCCUGCUUCCAAACCUGCACCUGUCUGUGGGUUCUGCCAUCACUGAGCCUGUCCAGCAUACCUUCCCGGCGUGGCCAGGUCAGGCGACCCCCCCGCCCGGCCAUCCACCCCUCCUGCACCAAGGCUCUCCUAGCACCCCCUCACCCAGCCCUCCCAGUAGACUGAAAGCCCCCGGGGGCUGGGGUGUGUGGUUUGUUUGCACUGAGGUCUCCCCAGUGCCUGGCACAGGGCCCAGUGCACUGCAGGUGCUCCUCGUCCAGCAGGCAAUUGCGGGCCCCCCGAUGGACGUGUUCAGGAGGCAGUGGUUCCGAGAGCUCCGGCAGCAUGAGCCCCCCACCAUGGGGCUGGCAUGGGGUUCCGUGGGACCCAGUCUGGGAGUUGCUGCAAGAUGAUCCCCUUCAUAAGGACGUUCUGCUCUUCCUCUUCCAGUGCACAGUUACUCCCUGUGCGCUUUCAUUUGGACCAUCUGUGCUCCUCUGUCCUCUGAGACUGGGCCUGCGGCCCUCCCUCUCCCCGCGGUCUCCCCUGGGCUGUCCUGGGGCAGGCCUCCAGCUGCUGGGGAGGGCCGUUACCCGUUUCAGAGGCCUCUGUGCCGCGGCCUCGGAGUGAGGUUCGCGUCCUGUGUGGGGUGUGGAGAGCAGGCAGGGUGGUAACUGGGUGCACAGCCAGGCUCCUGUUCAGAUUCCAGAUCUGUGCUCAGAGUGUGAAAACCCAGCAAACUAUACACUUAGGAUUCGUGUGCUUUUUUGGAUGCAUGUGAACCUUCGAUAAAAAGUGAGUGGGGUGGGGCUCCUGGGUGGCUCGGUGGGUUGAAGCCUCUGCCUUCGGCUCGGGUCAUGGUCCUGGGGUCCUGGGAUGGAGCCCCGCGUCGGGCUCUCUGCUCAGCGGGAGCCUGUUUCCUCCUCUCUCUCUGCCUGCCUCUCUGCCUACUUGUGAUCUCUCUCUGUCAAAUAAAUAAAUAAAAUCUUUAAAAAAAAAAAAAAAAAAAGAGUGGGGUAAGCAGGUUUCCAGACGCCUUGGAUUCUGGUACACCUAGCAGCCCUCAGAGCUAGAGCAGGGCCAGGUGCUCUGUAGCUUUGUGUGUGGUCCCACGGGAUCCAGCCCCAGGCCCACAGUCCUGGCUGCCCAGCGGACAGGGGAGAUGGCGGGUGCUCCCUCGGAGCUCACCUGUGCAUCUGCAGCCUGGUGCUGGGGAGUGACUCGAGGUUUUGCGUGCUACUCUGGUUUUAUAUUGGUGGCCGUUGUCCGGGUUGGUGCCAAGCCUCAGUGACAUCUCAGCGGCCUGAUCCUCCACAGGGACUGGUUUGGUAGCACGGUCACGAAAAGCUUGUAGGACCAAUCGCACAACCCGUCCCCCCAUACACGUGCUCCCCACUGAGCCUCCCUUGCGGGCCCUUCAUCCCCCAGCUGCUGUGUGUCCCUCAGGCUGCCUCCUCUCUGGAUAGCUACUGUCACAGGGCUGUCACCCGUCACGGCGCUCCUUUUAUUUCUUGAUAGCCCCUGUCCUCCCCCUGAAACCAGCCUUCAAAAACCUUACGAUUCUUGCCUGACCGAUCCGUGCCCCGCACAGGCAGCCCAGUCUGCCCAACUGUCCCAGGCUCCCCGGGCCUCGGGUCUGCAGGCCUGAUGCACUGAGCCAGGGUACCCUCGCCUGUGGCCGUAGGACUCGGGACAGAUGCCGGUUCUCUCUCGAAACGCCACAGAUGGACAGAUGGCCUCUGCUGUGAGGCUGGGAGCGCGUGGCCACUCGUGUGCCCGUGAGCUCCAUAUAAGGGAGAAAUUUGGAGCAGCCAGAGACGGGCCCAGGUCGGGAGAGGAGGUGGGAAGCUCCCGGCGUCCGGAAGCAUGCUGGCAGCAGCUUCAGGGCUCCCCCCGCUCUGAAAGCACAGGAGGCUAUUUUGAGGGCCGUGCAGCAGGCAAGGCAGAGAUGCCAGGCGCCCAGUGGUGAGUGACAACGCAGUGCGAGGAACCUCUGUCUGGACGGUGGCUGCUGUCCUCCGUGUGCCCUGGUCUCCCAUCGGCUGAGCCGCUGGGCACCUGCUGGCCCCCCUGCUCAGAGGCUGGCUCAUCCGUUCAUGAAUCAAGCGGGUGGGAAGCCCCUGCCCCGAGUGGCCGGUAGUGAGACCCGGACCGGAGCCCCUGGCCCCCUUAGUGGGGCGGAGGGAACACGAAGAGCCCCUCUGCCCACAUCCCUUGAGGGGGUCUGGUGGCUGGCUUGGAGGUUAUGUGAUGUCGGCGUGACAACAGGAAGCCCCUCGUGCGGCUAUGUCUUGAGCGUGAGGCAUGGAGAGGGACCGCGUCCACCACAGCCCGGGGGAAGAAGCGCGGAGUCGCGCGUCAGCGCCAAGCGCCCGCCGGGGGCUGCUUUGGGUCCAGUUGAAGCAGCCCGGGAAGGCAGGGCCCACCGAGGUCCGGGAAAAUGCACAGUGUCGGUCAGUAGGGGGAGGACAGUCAGACCCCGGGCUCGGUGAUCACCAGCACUGCCGGUGACAGGGCCGGGACUGUACAGAUGGCUCUGUCCUCACGGGCAGGGAAGCGUCCGGCUAAGGGGUGGGCAGCCCUGGAUGAACCAGAACAGGUCAGUAGGUGGCAAACACGACACUGAAGCGGCUUCCCCUUGUCCUAUGAAAAGUGGACAAGGGACCAGGAGCUAUGGAACAUGGGAACGUGGCCCCAGGCUGACCGGGGAGUAGGGCAGGGCAGCUGGCAUUGUGCCCUCUUGGGGACGGGAAGCCAACCCAGCGGGGGAUGUCACUGCCCAAGGGGACAUGCUGGAGGGCAGCUCAAGCCCAGAGGUGUCCUCCCGUUGGGUGGCAGCACCCAGGCCAGGUGGGUGGCUCCAGAUGGGCCCUUUACAAGCAUGGUGCCUAAAGAAGAGACAGUGGGAGUUAAAUGAUGCCCUGGUUCUUAGCUGACAUUGGUCAUGAGGCCACCAAGGGCCAGGCCUGUGCCUGGUGGGCAGAGUCACUGGCCUUCUGGCCUGCCAGUCCCCACUUCCUGCUGUGCACACAGAGGCUCUCUCAUGGUCAGCCUUGCCCUCGCCCUGUCCCACCUGAAUGAAAAGCAGCGUGGAAGGUAGGGCUCAGAGUGCGUGGGGCGGCCCGCCGCGACACCAACCUCGCCCCUCCCCAGGCCACCCCGCCCCCCCCCCCAUGGAGUUCCCGGGGGCGGGCCGAAGCCUCCUUCCGUGCACCUCUGUCGCCGUCCCACGACAGCAAUAGCAUAUCUUGGUGGGUUUUAUUUGUAUAGUUUUUUUUUAACAUUUACUUACUUAUUUUAGAGGGGGGGGGGGGAGCCACGGGGAGUCGGGGAAGCAGAGGGAGAGGCAGUCCUAAGCAGACUGCACUGAGCACAGAGCCUGAUGCGGGGCUCAAUCUCACAACCCUGAGGUUAUGACCUGACCCAGAAUCAAGAGUCAGGUGUUCAAGCAACUGCACCACCCAGGCACCCCAUUUCUAUACUUUUUUAAACUAAACUUUUUAUCUUGAAAAAACUUCAGGCCAACAGAAAUCCUGCAGGUAUAUUUCAACAAAGUCCCGUAGACCCUUCGUCCAGAUUCAGCCACUAGUAAUGCCCUGCUGGGUUUGCUUUCUCUCCGCACAGAGCUCUGGGCCUGGGGCCGUGUGCUUAUGCGUGCGGGGACCUCCGAGGCCCGGGUUUCCCCAGAGCCCGCCUUCCCUCGUGGGGCCUCACCUGCCGUCAGGCAGAGGCAUGGACAGUGGCCACACCAGCCUCUUCUGUUGCUGCCCAUGGCCACCACCUGCCCGUCCCAGUGCAGGACCCUAUGUGCACCUCUGGCGUCCUCCUGCUCUCUGGCCUGUCCCUGCCUCUCUGUCCCUCAGGACACGCUGCUGCUGACGCGCUGGGUGGUUGCUCCAUCUGGGUUCGCCUGACGCAGCAGGGAUGGCGUCUGUCCAUGUGAGGUCCUCUCCGCCUCCCCUCCAAACCCCUCUGUCCCUGCUGUCUCCAAAAACGACAUGCCCCGCCACCUCCUUUCUUAAGGAAAGUCUCUUCCCG